AUGGUUAACAAAUGUUGCGUCGUAAAUUGUCGUUCAAAUUAUCAUAAUUAUGGUGAAGUAUCUACAGUAGUAUUUUCGUUUCCAAAAAAUGAAGAGUUAAAAAAAUAUUGGAUUAAAUUUGUAAAUAGAAAAGAUUGGAAACCUACUAAUUCUUCCGUUAUAUGCAUCAAACAUUUUGAAAAAAAAUAUUAUAAGAAAGGUAAUAAGAAUCAACGUUUUAGAUUAAUAAAAAAUGUAAAGCCUAUUCCAACUAUUUUUGACUGCACAAAUUUGACUGAAGAAGGUUCAUUACAACUUAUAAAAUCUUCUAAUUCAUUAAGAAAAUCACCAACUAAAAGAAUAUUUCAGCCAGAUCAAUAUGAACAGUUUUUAUUGAAUGAUUUGAUUAAUAGCUUUAACGAUAUUACUGAAAGUUUUGCUCCAGAUGGUUUUUCAUUCUUGAAGUAUGAUGAUCAUGUAAUUUUUUAUAAAUUGAGUCAUAGUACUUUAUCUAUUCCAGAGGUUACAGAGUGCAUUCGUGUAAACAAUGAGAUGCAUGUUAAAUUAUUUUACAGAGGUUCACCUCUGCCAUUACCUCAGUGGUUUUGUCAAGGAAGAGAUUGUCGUUUAUCUUGUAAAAGUAUGCUUCAUAAUUUUCCUACCUACAUUAAAUCACAAGCCGAGCAAUUUUCAUCUGUAUUGACUGAAUUACAGCAAAUUAAAUAUAUGAAAAAACCUAUUUAUUCAGCCAAUAUUAUAAGGUAUUCACUGAUUUUACGAUAUACUUCUAUGCAGUCAUACCAACUUUUGCAUGAAGAAUUGCCUUUACCAUCAUUAUCAUUACUUAAAAAAAAUAACUAG